AAUUCAUAGCAGCUCCACUUUUUGAGAGAAUUUUUUCUUUAUCCAAAUUCUUUUUAACUCAUAAAAAAAAUUCCCGCGCUGUUUUGACAAUAGAAAAUAAGUUCAACCUCUUUUUCUUGUCAUAGUCCCUCUUUCAAAUUUAAAACCCUAGAAAUCUCAAAUCGACAUAUCCUGGUGUCAAAAGCAAAAAAGAUUUGCGUUCUAAAUUGCUAAUGCGUGGCUGAAUUCAAUCGAAUAUGUCGACCAAGGUGUUCAAAGGUGCGAAUGUUUUCAUGUCGCGUAACCUCGUCCCACCUGAAUUGUUCGAUUCACUUCACGAUGCUCUCAAGCUCAACGGUGCCCAAGUUUUUCUUUGCUGCGACCCUGCGCGGAAUUCUGCCAAUGAUUAUCACGUCAUUUCCAAUCCUGAUCAUGAGAAGUUCGAGGAUCUUCGAUCUAAAGGAUGUAAUUUGCUCGGUCCUCAAUGUGUGCUUUCCUGUGCAAAAGAACGCAGGCCUCUGCCUAAACAAGGAUUCACUUGUUGCCUAGCAAUGGAUGGGGUUAAACUACUGGCUUCUGGAUUUACUGUGGAUGAAAAGGCUGAAAUCGUCAAGCUUGUAACCGCUAUGGGCGGUGUUUUGCAGAUGAAGACAUCGAUGGAUGUGAACUUUGUUGUUGCGAAGAAUGUUUUGGCUGGAAAAUAUAAGUGGGCUGCAACUGUUCUAAAGAAACCAAUUGUCACCAUCAAUUGGCUGCAUCAAUGCUGGAAAGAACACCGUGUUGUUCCACAAGAGUCAUAUAGGGUUCUUCCUUUCUUAGGCUUGACAAUCUGUGUCACCGGUAUUAUAGGUGAUGAGCGAAAGCAGAUGGAAAAGGUCAUCAAAGAAAACGGUGGCAGAUAUUCUGCUGAACUGACAAGGAAGUGCACACAUUUAGUUUGUAAUGCUCCUGAAGGUGACAAGUACAAAAUAGCUAGAAAGUGGGGCCACAUACACAUAAUUACACAGAAAUGGUUGGAGCAAUCAGUUGCUAGGCGAGUAUGCCUUAAUGAGGAGUCCUAUGCUGUUCUUGGGAGUUCUACUUCGAAAAAAGUUGUUAGAAAGGUGGUGGUAAAUAGUGAAGACAGAAGCCUUGUACAUUCCGAAUGUGAGCCGUCAUCUGCGACCAUUGCUUCAGAUCUACACUCCAUUUCGCAUCUUCAGAAAGCAGAGCUUGAUAUUGAAACUGCCAUCUCAUGUAGCAUUUCUACAUUGCGAAGUGAUCCUGUCAUUCCAAAAGUGGACUGUGGGCCACCUGCUGCUUGGCUGCAAGUUGACUCCAACACUGACCGAGGUGUUGCUGAUGACUCUGAAACUGAAGAAAAUGACUUAUACUUGUCUGAUUGCAGAAUCCUAAUUGUUGGUUUUGAUGCAUCUGAUACCCGUAAGCUGGUCAGCAUGGUUCGUAAAGGUGGUGGUUCUCGUUAUAUGUCCUUCAAUGAAAAAUUAACUCACAUAAUAGUUGGAACUCCCACGGGGAGUGAAAUUCGAGAAAUUCGGAAUAUUGCAGCACUAGGUGUUAUCUUCAUCGUCAAAACUGAAUGGCUUGAAGAUUGUUUUCAUAAAAAGAAAGAAGUUCCUGUACUUAGGAGGCACAUUGCCAUUGAUAUGCUUCUUCCAAAAGAUCCCAGUUGCUCUGUCAAAAGAUCUUUCACGAGUACAGAUGAAAAGAAACGGGCAAAAUCCUGUGUUCAACCAGUACUUCCAGAGACGCUAGUAGUGGAUGGCAUUAAGUCCAGAUCUGAUGCUGCUUUGGAAGAUGGAAAAGAAGCAGGAUGUAUCAGAAAUAGUAAGAUAUCUCUGAUGACAGCGGGCAAUUCACUUAAACAACAGAAACUUUCCUCUGUUGAUGGAAAAAGCAGCACACAAGUUCAGAAGUACGCUAGCCGUGAGGUGGACCACCAAGUUUCUUCCAAUGUAUUUGGAGGAAAGCUAUUUUGCUUUUCUGGUUCAUUUCCUGCUGAUCAGCGGGCUGAAAUUGUUGAAUGGGUUAAUCAAGGAGGAGGAGAAGUGGUGGAAAGUCAAGUAGAAAAUGUGCACUACAUAGUUGAAUGCCAUGGUAUGGUGCCUUCGGAUACUACAAAUUGCGAAAGUAAAUGUGUGUCAACUCACUGGAUUCGUUCUUCUCUGAUGGAUGGGUGCUUGCUGGAUGUUAGGAGUCACAUACUCUAUUCUCCUCUUCCAUGCCAAAUUCCGUUUCUUGCCUUUAAGAGCUUCCGCUUCUGUGCUUCACAAUAUGAUGUGAAAGAGAGACUGCUGCUGAAAAAUAUGUGCUUCAUUCUCGGGGUGCCAUUUGUUAAGCAUUUAACUAAAAAUGUCACCCAUCUGUUGUGCAAAUAUGCUGGUGGUGAAAAGUAUGACGCUGCUUGUAAAUGGGGGAUACAACCUGUUACUGCUGAGUGGAUUUAUGAGUGUGUGAAGCAGAAUAAGGUUGUUUCUCCAUCUCCAUUUUGUCCAAAAGAGGCCACUUCCCAAGACCUAGGCGGAGCCUGUACAAUGACCCAAUAUUCUACCGAAGCUGUACAAAUGAUGUCUGGUGAAACUGUAUCGCAAAUUCCCAGCCAGUCCACAUCAUGUAAAACUCACGAAACUCAAUCAUUUACAAGGAAAAACAAGGAGCUGAGUAGUUUAAGUUGUCCCAUCCAAGCAUCGCAGAUGAGUAGUGGUGAACAUUCAUCUCAAACCUCUAGCCAGUCACAAUCUUACAGAGCUCUAGAAAGUUCAUUUUAUACCAUGAAAAAUGGAGAGCGGAGUAACUUAAGUGGGGGCAAUAAAAAAGCAAAGAUUUUUGAGACGAACAAAAGGGAUUUACCGUUUGAGUCCAAUAUUAUCAGAAGCAUCCAUGAGGAGACACCGUUGGAAGACAAUAGGGCAAUAAGUGGUGGGGUAGACACAAUCAUGGUCCCAAGCCAGUCCCAAGCACUAAAAAGUAUAGAAACUGAAUCUUUAACCAUGAAAAAUGGAGAGCUGGAUAACUUAAGUGGGUGCUACAAAAAGGCAAAGAUUUUUGAGGCGGCCAAAAGCAAUUUACUGUGUGAGUCAAAUCUGGUCAGCAGCAUCCCUCAGGUGACACCUUCGGAAAAUAAUCAGAAAGGAAGUGGCGGAGUAGAUUCAAUCAUGGUUCCAAGCUGGUCCCAUGUAUUUAAAAAAGUAGAAACUGAAUCUUUGGCCAGGAGAAGUGAAGAACUGCAUAUGUCGAGUUAUUGCAGAAAGAAUCCAGAGAUUUCUGGGGAUGAAAAAGGAGAUAUGCUGUGUGAGUCAAAUUCAGUCGAUGGUGUCCAUCAAGUAACUCCUACGGAAGAUGAUAGGACAACAAGUGCUGCGGGUGUCACUACGGUGGUUCCCGAUGUAGCUUCUAUUAUUGACUUGUUGGAGCAAACCAGCAAGAUUCAUGAUCAGAAGUCUCCUGCCAGAAGUGGGAGUGAUAGAAGUGUAUCCUUGAAUAUUCUAUUUGAAUGCUCCACAGUUUAUGUUUCCGUAUCAUCGUUUCUUUUCCUUUAUUUAUGAUUAGAUUUUUUCAUCUGAUUGUGCUGUCCUUGGUCAAGACCUUGCCGAGCCUCAACCUGCUCUCGCAUUCCCAAAUCAUUGGGUUAACAGGUUUGAUCAAAUGGAGAAUACCCCGGAGGAUGUUAGAACAGGAGACUAUGAUGCGUUUACUGAUACUCAAACAGAGUCUCAGGUUGUUGCUUCACUUUUGGACUUGUUCCUAUUCUGGUUUCUGAAAAUUUUAAGUGGCAAUAAUAGAGGUUGCUCUUUGGUUCUGUUUCGGAAGUGCAUUUCCAUCAUAAAGAACGCCUGAAAGUCAAAUUUGGCUCCUUUGCUUGCCAGAAAUCAUUUGCAACCUAUCUUUGAGAAUCUUGCUUUUUGUGCUGCUCUAAUUCCUCUCAAGUUCACUUCAACAUGUUUAUAAUGGUGCCUGCUUUCUUGAUUUCAGGUUGUUAGCUAUGCGCAAGAUUUAUCUGGCAUGCAAAUGAUAAUCGAUAGAGUACGAACUCGGAAUAGCAUGACUUGAAGCUUAUAGAAUAAUAACUUGUGUUGUACCAUAUGCGCUGCUCUUGUAGCAAACUCCUCAAGCCGAUUGUGAAUAAUUAAAGGCUGAUGCUUUGUCACGAGAGAAGAACAAUGAAGUUCAAAAUUCCAAAUUGGAGGGAUGCAGGUAGGAAAAUCUUCAUCCACUAGAUCUGAAUAUGCCUGAAUAGGUUAAAGCUUCAUGUUAGUACCAUGACAAGGGUAUCUUCCUAUCCAAGACUGGUUCUGCUGCUGAUUUGAAAUAUGUUCUUGUAGUCUUAUACUCUUAUUUUCAAAUAGAAUAUGUCUUAAGCAGCAUUAUUACUUCCCAACAAAUGAAGUUUCUGUACAUUCCUGUUCUUGUGCUAUUACAAAGACAUUAAAACAUUGGGUUGAUUCCUAAAGACUUUAGAAACCGAAUAUCAUCAUUAACCUCUCCUACAAUGAUAUUAUAGUUUCCAUGUUACUUCCAAUUGAAUCUUCUCCAAUCUUUUCUCAGCUGACUGCCUCUCAUUUCCAAACUUCCUUGCAUUCCUCUCCUGCCAUAUGUGAUACACUGGCCCAGGAAUACAAGCAAACAGAACUCUUUGCUUCAGCCCUUUACAUCUCCAUUUCCUUAGAAGCUUGUCUGUGCAUCACCUUAGACACUUACAAGAGAAGUUGAGGUCACUUAGCUGUCUGCGCCGGUUUCUCUUCGUGGUUUUCUUCUGUAAUGUGCGCAAAAGGUGUAAAGCUAAGUGAGGACACGUAUUAUGUGGAUAUAGUUAAAUAUAACAAUUUGGUAUCAAUUCUCUUAUUAUACAAUAGUCACUUGUGUGUUCUUAUGCUGCAGAUUUAAGUAGAUAACACUAGGUUGCUAACCAAAUGUGAACAUGUGAACCAAAAAUUUGAAGUCAUUUCUAUCUCAUCUUGUAUUAUAUGAUAUCCGAUUAUACAUUGAAGUGCAUCUAUAGAUGGAAUAACAUAAGUGGAGAUGAAGG